GUUAGCUACACACGGAACAGGUGUACAUAAAGAGAGACUCGGGCGGUGCGCGCAAUAGCCCAACGUUAAACCGAAAAACUAAUAUUAUUAUAUAUAAAGAUGGCCAGCAAUGCAAGCAGCGAUUUGGACUUCCAAGUAACAGUGGAGGAUUUGCCCAUUACCUUCAAGGUUAAAUAUAUUGGCUCAGAAGUCGCACGCGGACUUUGGGGCAUUAAGUACACACGCCGACCUGUGGAUAUCAUGGUAGGCGAGGCCAAAAAAUUGCCACCCAACAAAGUGCUGCCCAACUGCGAACUUACAGUCUCCACCAGCGGCGUUCAACUGGAAAUCAUUUCACCCAAGGCCAGCAUCAACCACUGGAGCUAUCCUAUUGAUACAAUAUCGUACGGCGUUCAAGACUUGGUGUUCACGCGCGUCUUUGCCAUGAUUGUGGUUAAGGACGAGUCGAGUGCGCAUCCCUUUGAGGUGCAUGCCUUCGUCUGCGACAGUCGCACAAUGGCUAGAAAGCUCACCUUUGCACUAUCUGCUGCCUUUCAGGACUAUUCGCGCGUGGUCAAGGAAGCGGGCAACGAUGUGCUAGAUUCUGGAAAGUCUAGUGAUACCAUAACGCCCACAAGGCAAAAGUUCGCAAUUGAUCUGCGCACACCCGAGGAGAUCAUGGCAGGUGAAAUGGAGCAGGAAACAGAGGCGUAGAAUAUAAUAUAUUUUGUAUUGAUUGAAACUCCUGGGAUGUUGUGAUUGUCAUAGUUACUUAUUGUGCGGUUACUGAUGUCAGUCAGUGACUGUUUCUCUCAAACUGGUAGUAGCCUCAUACAGCUAAUUACCCCAAAGCCUAAGCAUUAAAGUAACUCUAAACAACUUUUGUAUAAAUAUAAAUAAAUGUGUACGUAUUUUAAACUCAAUAACUUAAUUAAUGAGAAUUUACCUGAGAAUUAUUGUAAGCACAACAAAAAAUAAAUUAAAACAAAUAAACUGGCGCGCACGAGUUGUCCUGCACUUGGACCACUUGGAAAAUGUCAGCAAGCCG